UUAACAUGGCUAAAAGGAAAAUGUAACCUUAAAUGUUGUUUUUAAAAAAAUAGCCUGCUGGACUUUUGAGCCGGAUUUAAAUCCUAGCUGUUACUUAAAUUGCUUUGUGACCUUUGAUAAAUCGGAGUCUGUUUCCACAGUAAAAUGGUGAUAAGAAUAUCUCUUUGUAGAAUUAUCUUGAGCAUUAGAGAUAUAAAAUGCCAUCCCCAUAAAAUACCACUGAGAACCAUUAACUAUUUUCUCUUAUUGGAUCUGCGUGCGUAUGAAAGAACCAGGACUUCUCUGUAUUUUGAAAGCUCGGGUGCGUAGAGUUGCGUGGGGUGGAAGUUAUAUGCUGGAAGAAUUGCAUGCGUGUAUAUCAUUUUUGCCUUCGAAGUUGUUAAGGGUGUCACACACCCUUCAAGAUGAAAGAAGUCUCAAGGAUAAGUAGGCGAGCAGUGUCCUUAAGGUUGACGGAGAUCCAAGUGAGACUAAGAGCUCUCAAAAGUGGCUCUAGCGGUCCUUGCUUUGUGCACACGGUAGAAUUGCUCUUUGAUUUGUGGUCACGGGCAUUUUCUACAAGGCAUGUCAUUUCUGGGCUUUUCAAUUUCAGUCUGGCUUUGAAACCUUUCAUCAAAGCGUGGCACCCCAUUUCCAAUUUCUUCAUACCAGGCUGGCCUGCCUGCACAUCUUUAACUUUCCUGGCUCCAUCUUGGUGAAUCGACCACUUGUAUUCCUUUACCCGUCUUUUCUUUUACAAGCCCUGGCACUCACAGCAAAGUCCAUGUGCCCUGGGUGUCCAGAGAGUAGCAGAGAAUUGAAGUUCAUGUUUGGAUUCCCCUCUGUGGAAUUUCCCCCUCCUCCUGUGUUUCCAGUCCCUUCUAAUCCUGAUGCCCAGUAUACUGAUAGUUUGUUAAAAAUUCCAAAGUUAGUUCCUCCUCAGUGUGUUGUUGGGCUUGCCAAAGAAGUAAGUCCCAGAUGUCUGUUCUCAAGAAAUACACAAUUCAGUGAGAAUUAGGCAACAUUAGGGCUUCCAUAAAGUUUUCCCAGGACACACUUUGUUCCCUGCACCCCCUCUCCAAUGUGCCCUUAAACCUCAACAUGUUUGUUUGAAUUCAUUUGAGUUUCCCCACUGACAAAGAUUCUCCUCACUGAGGAAUGGAAUUAAAACCACACACACGUACCAAUUGUAUACACUUAAAAACUAUCCAAACACCCAGCAACAGUUAUGAGGUUGCUUCUAAACCAGCAGAGACUUUCGUGUUUCAUAAAGUUGUGUUCCGUGCAAAGCAAAGCUUUGUCUUUCGUAACUGCUUGUCUUUAGGAACCUGCCUGUCUAGAAGGGGGGCCUCUGAGUAUUGUUUGCUACAAACAAAUAGCUUCUAACGCUUCUGCAAACCCUUUUGGCAGGAGCAUAGAAUCCAUAAUCCAGGGAUUAAGAGCUAGCAUUGUGGCCUGGGGUUUGGUGAGUUAUAGCUAGAUCUACCUAGGACCAAAAAAAUAAGUUGGGUAGUAAAUCAUUAGGGAUUUGUUUUUCCAACAGACUAGGUGAUUGAGGGUUAUGUCUUGUUUUAGGGAGGCCAUUCUACUUAUUAAGAUACUGUAUUAAAGCAAGUGUCCUUGAAUAUCAUAGUUUUUCUUUUAGCUUUUUCAAUUAAUUAUUUAAUACCGGUUACAAUCAAGUCAUGGUUCUGGAUCUCCUUUUACUCCUGUGUGUGUGUUUUUUUUUCUUUAAUUUUCAGUUUUAAACUAAUUAUUUUUUAGAAUUUGGUAAUGUGUGCACGUUGUACAAUAGGUUAUACGUUGAAAAAUAACUCUUCCUCCCCUCUCCUUGCCUCAGCCCCUGAUCCUCCUCAGACUCUGUACCAGUUUCUUAUGCCUUCUCCCAGAGCCCGUCCAUGUAUAUACAAGUAGCUAUGGGGAUAAUACUCCUUUGCUCACAAAUAGUGCUAGCAUACUAUGAUAGAAUGAACUUUGGUGACUCUCCCAACGAACUACAGCUCCUUGUAUUUAAGCCCUUAUAUAAUUCCUUCCCGUACUGACUGAGCUUGGCCAUGUGCCUGGCUGUGGCCAAUGGUGAAUUAGCAAAUGUGAUGCGAGCAGAGGCUUGGUAAGCGCUUGCAUACUGGGACUUGUUCUCUGGGAAUGUUCACUAUUGUGACACUCCCUCUCGGAACCCAGAAACCACCAGCUGUGAGGUACCCAGCCUAGCCACGUGGAGAGGCUCCAUGGAAGAGAACUGAGGUCUCUGCUAACAGCUUCCAGACAGUCACCGACAUCAACCUGCCAGCCAUGUCGCGGACAAACCAUCUUCUUGGAAGUGGAACCUCCAGUCUCACUGAGGCCGCCCCAGACGAUGCCAUGAGGAGUAGACAAGCCUUCCCCGCUGAGCCCUGUCCAAAUUGAAAAACUAUCCUGUCUAAACAUUCUUUGCCCGCUCGUGUCUGGGAGCCAGCAAUGCAGCAGAAGCAGAGUUUCGCCUUUGACAAUGUUGGCUACGAGGGUGGUCUGGACAGCGUGUGCCCCUCUCCGACGACCACCGGCACCAUCAGCAUUUCGGGCAUGACUUGCCAGUCGUGUGUAAAGUCUAUCGAGGGCAGGAUUUCGAGUUUGAAAGGCAUUGUGAGCAUUAAGGUUUCCCUGGAACAAGGCAGCGCGACUGUGAUCUAUGUGCCGUCGGUCCUGAGCCUGCCGCAGGUUUGCCGUCACAUCGAGGACAUGGGCUUCGAGGCCAGCAUCACAGAAGGAAAGGCCGCCUCCUGGCCCUCGAGAUCCUCAUCUGCCCUGGAGGCCACGGUCAAGCUCCGGGUGGAGGGCAUGACCUGCCAGUCCUGUGUCAGCUCCAUCGAAGGCAGGCUGGGGAAGCUGCAAGGGGUAGUGAGGGCCCGAGUCUCCCUUGGCACCCAGGAGGCAGUCAUUACUUACCAGCCUUAUCUCAUUCAGCCCCAAGACCUCAGGGACCACGUAAACGACAUGGGAUUUGAAGCUGUCAUCAAGAACAGAGUGGCACCCGUAAGCCUGGGACCAAUUGAUAUUGGGCGGUUACAGAGGACCAACCCAAAGACCCCUUUGACGUCUGGUACCCAGAAUCUCAAUAACUCUGAGACCUUGGGGCACCAAGGGAGCCGUGUGGUCACCCUGCAACUGAGAGUAGAUGGAAUGCACUGUAAAUCUUGUGUCCUGAAUAUUGAAGAAAAUAUAGGCCAACUCCCAGGGGUUCAAAGUAUUCAAGUGUCCUUGGAGAACAGAAUUGCCCAAGUACAGUUUGACCCUUCUCGUGUCACCCCCGGGGCCCUGCAGAGGGCCAUUGAGGCUCUUCCUCCUGGGAACUUUCAAGUUUCUCUUCCUGAUGGAGCAGCGGGGAGUGGCACCGAUAACAGGCCUUCCACGCAUCUCGCCUCCGCCCCCGCCCCUGCCCAGGGAACCCGGAUGCAGGGCCUGGGCAGUACCGUGGUGCUUGCCAUUGGUGGCAUGACCUGUGCGUCCUGCGUCCAGUCCAUCGAAGGCCUGCUCUCCCGCAGGGAAGGGGUGCGACGAGUAUCAGUCUCUCUGACUGAAGGGACUGGAGUGGUGCUCUAUGAUCCCUCUGUAAUUAACCCGGAAGGACUCCGAGCUGCUGUUGAAGAAAUGGGAUUCAAGGCGUCAGUCGUUUCUGAAAACUGUUACAGCAACCAUGUUGGAAACCACAGCACAGGUAAUUCCACAGUGCACACCACAGCUGGCGGACCUGUGUCUGUGCAGGGAACGGCUCCCCACGCUGGGGGGCUCCCUAAGAACCACAACCCCGGCAGCUCGUCAAAGUCCCCGCAGGCCUCUACAGCAGUGGCACCACAGAAGUGCUUUUUACAGAUCACAGGCAUGACCUGUGCAUCCUGUGUGUCUAACAUAGAGAGAAACCUUCAGAAAGAGGCAGGUAUUCUCUCGGUGCUGGUCGCCUUGAUGGCUGGAAAGGCAGAGGUUAAGUACAAUCCAGAAGUCAUCCAGCCGCUGGAGAUAGCUCAGCUCAUCCAGGACUUGGGCUUUGAGGCUGCGGUAAUGGAAAACUACACAGGCUCAGAUGGUGACCUUGAGCUGAUCAUCACGGGCAUGACCUGUGCAUCCUGUGUUCACAACAUAGAGUCCAAACUCACCAGAACGAAAGGCAUCACCUAUGCCUCUGUGGCCCUUGCCACCAGCAAAGCCCACGUGAAGUUUGAUCCUGAAAUGAUUGGUCCGCGGGAUAUUGUCAAGAUUAUCGAGGAAAUCGGCUUUCAUGCUUCCCCGGCCCAGAGAAACCCCAACGUGCAUCACUUGGACCACAAGGCGGAAAUAAAGCAGUGGAAGAAGUCUUUUCUGUGCAGCCUGAUGUUUGGCAUCCCUGUUAUGGGUUUAAUGAUCUAUAUGUUGGUGCCCAGCAACGAGCCCCACGAGACAAUGGUCCUGGACCACAAUAUCGUUCCAGGACUGUCCAUUCUAAAUCUCAUCUUCUUUAUCCUGUGCACCUUUGUCCAGCUCCUUGGCGGGUGGUACUUCUACAUCCAGGCCUACAGAUCUCUGCGGCACGGGGCGGCCAACAUGGACGUGCUCAUCGUGCUGGCCACGAGCAUCGCCUAUACCUACUCAGUCAUCAUCCUGGUGGUGGCCGUGGCUGAGAAGGCGGAGAGAAGCCCUGUGACCUUCUUUGACACCCCCCCCAUGCUCUUUGUGUUCAUUGCCCUGGGCCGGUGGCUGGAACACGUGGCGAAGAGCAAAACCUCAGAAGCCCUUGCCAAACUCAUGUCUCUCCAAGCCACAGAAGCCACCGUUGUGACCCUUGGCGAGGACAACUUGAUCAUCAGAGAGGAGCAAGUACCCAUGGAGCUGGUGCAGCGGGGCGACGUCAUCAAGGUCGUCCCCGGAGGAAAGUUCCCGGUGGAUGGGAAAGUCCUGGAAGGCAGUACCAUGGCUGACGAGUCCCUCAUUACAGGAGAAGCCAUGCCUGUUACUAAGAAACCCGGAAGCACAGUGAUUGCUGGGUCUAUAAACGCACAUGGCUCUGUGCUCAUUAACGCCACCCAUGUGGGCAAUGACACCACUUUGGCUCAGAUUGUGAAAUUAGUAGAAGAGGCUCAGAUGUCAAAGGCACCCAUUCAGCAACUGGCUGACCGGUUUAGUGGAUAUUUUGUCCCAUUUAUCAUCAUCAUUUCAACGUUGACGUUGGUGGUAUGGAUUAUAAUCGGUUUUAUCGAUUUUGGUGUUGUUCAGAAAUACUUUCCUACCCCCAACAAGCACAUCUCCCAGACAGAGGUGAUCAUCCGGUUUGCGUUCCAGACAUCCAUCACGGUGCUCUGCAUUGCGUGCCCCUGCUCGCUGGGCUUGGCCACACCCACGGCGGUCAUGGUGGGCACCGGGGUGGCCGCCCAGAAUGGCAUCCUCAUCAAGGGAGGCAAGCCUCUGGAAAUGGCCCACAAGAUAAAGACUGUGAUGUUUGACAAAACUGGCACCAUUACCCACGGGGUCCCCAAGGUCAUGAGGGUCCUCCUGCUCGUGGAUAUGGCCACGCUGCCCCUCAGGAAGGUUCUUGCUGUGGUGGGGACUGCGGAGGCCAGCAGCGAGCACCCCCUGGGUGUGGCAGUCACCAAGUACUGUAAAGAGGAGCUGGGAACAGAGACCUUGGGGUACUGCACAGACUUCCAGGCGGUGCCAGGCUGCGGAAUUGGCUGUAAAGUCAGCAACGUGGAGGGCAUCCUGGCCCACGGCAAGCGCCAGUGGAGCACACAGGCUGGGGUCUCGAACGGCGCUGGCGGUGUCCCUGAGGAGACAGAUGCAACCCCCCAGACCUUCUCUGUGCUGAUUGGGAACCGCGAAUGGAUGAGGCGCAACGGCUUAACCAUUUCCAGCGACAUCAGUGACACUAUGACAGAUCACGAGAUGAAAGGCCAGACAGCCAUCCUGGUGGCCAUUGAUGAAACGAUCACCGGUAGUGGAGCCUCCUUUCUUUCCUCCUUUGCCCCUCGGGCCACCCAGCGCCGGCCAUUGAGGACUCACCUGAGGGUGUCCCCUGCAGGCGUGCUCUGCGGGAUGAUUGCCAUCGCGGAUGCUGUCAAGCAGGAGGCAGCCCUGGCCGUGCACACACUGAAGAGCAUGGGCGUGGACGUGGUUCUGAUCACUGGGGACAACCGGAAGACGGCCAGAGCCAUUGCCACACAGGUUGGCAUCAACAAGGUCUUUGCAGAGGUGCUGCCUUCUCACAAGGUGGCCAAGGUCCAGGAGCUCCAGAAUGAAGGGAAGAGAGUCGCCAUGGUGGGAGAUGGGGUCAACGACUCGCCGGCCUUGGCCCGGGCCGACGUGGGCAUUGCCAUUGGGACAGGCACAGAUGUCGCCAUUGAGGCUGCUGACGUUGUCCUCAUCAGAAACGACUUGCUCGACGUGGUGGCGAGCAUUCACCUCUCCAAGAGGACCGUCUGGAGAGUACGACUCAAUCUGGUGCUGGCAUUGAUUUAUAAUCUGAUCGGGAUACCCAUCGCGGCAGGGGUCUUCAUGCCCAUCGGCAUCGUGCUACAGCCGUGGAUGGGCUCAGCGGCCAUGGCGGCCUCCUCCGUGUCUGUGGUUCUCUCGUCGCUGCAACUCAAGUGCUAUAAGAAGCCUGACCUGGAGAGGUAUGAGGCCCAGGCCCAGGGCCGCAUGAAGCCCCUGACUGCGUCCCAGGUCAGCGUGCACGUUGGCAUGGAUGACCGGCGACGGGACUCACCGAGGGCCACGCCCUGGGACCAGGCCUCCGGGAGCUUCAAAUUACAUGGUCUGCUGCGUGACCGUCACCUCGUGGCAUUCAUUCAGAACUCCUGCCAGGCGUGCCCCUGGUGGUGUGCAACUCCAAGCAAACAACGAUACCCAAAUCAGAGGAAAUCAGUUAUUCUCCAUGAGCUCCUACUUCUGCACCCUGAGUCAGUGCCUUAGGAAAGGAGUCACCACACCUUCCCCAAGGGAAAGUCUUUCACACUUUGAGUGGCUCUUUGUGGUGGGGCAGGAAUGGGGCCAGUUUUAGACUCUAAAGUCGGUGGUAGUUGAGAGAACUACAUGGGAGUAGACGAGUAGGAUGAAAUAAAUUUUAAGGUAGAGCCCUGAUCGCAUAUACAGAAUAAUUUUAUUUAUUGAGUAUCAGUUAUUUUUCAGGGACAAUAUAAGCACUUUCUAUAGGUUACCUCUAAUCCUCCCAGCAUACCAGCAAAGUAGAUGCUAUUGUCCACAUUUUAUAGGCAGGGCAGUAGGCCCAGAGAGGCUACGUAUCCUGUCCAGGAUCACACAGCCAGCACACUUGCCAAAACGGGGAUCCAAAUCCAUGUCUCUUGGCUCUGAAGUCUUUUCUUUAUUGCCGCUGCCACCCGAAUAUCAGUUUGGUAAGAAUAAAUAGGAAAAGGGCACUUGGCUCUUAGAAGAACAAAGCUGCCAGGCAAUACACUCAUUGUUAUCAACUGGGCAUGAAAUUUGACCGUGGGGUCAACUUCCUCACCUUCUCCUUGGAUGGUUUGUUUCCAUUUUCGCAUAUGAUUCCAUUCUGUUGGGUCUUGCCCUCUAAAAUGCAAGUGCAGGGUUCUGUAGUGCCUCUAUCAUUUUCAGUCUUCCUCUCCUUCCAGGCCCCUUCCCGUUCUUCCCUUCCUUUAUUCCUGGCUGUGCUUGGGAGUGUUUCUUGUUUUCUUAACUAGGUUAAUCAUUGUCUAAAGAAUCUAACUGCAUUGAUUUUUUUCAAAGGCUUUUGGGACCAUAAACAUCAUGUGUAUAUGGCCAUGAAAAUAUUUAUAUAAUUGCACAGAAUGUAACCUUUAGAUGUUCAAGGGGUAAGGAUUUUUGUGUGUGUCAGAUAAGAGCAGUCCCUAUUCCAGAAACUUUCCAUGCUGUAUUAGAAUAAAGUUUAUUUUUAUUCAUCUGAAA